CCUCAAACUGUUGAGCAGAAACCCUAGUUUGUGUGUACUCGCCGCAGCUUCAAACUUGAUCUGAAUCAAAAUGAAGUUCAAUAUUGCUAAUCCCACCACUGGGUGCCAAAAGAAGCUUGAGAUUGAUGAUGAUCAGAAACUCCGGGCGUUUUACGAUAAGAGGAUCUCACAGGAAGUUAGUGGAGAUGCUCUUGGAGAGGAAUUUAAAGGGUAUGUCUUUAAAAUCAUGGGAGGAUGUGACAAGCAAGGUUUCCCAAUGAAACAGGGAGUUUUGACUCCAGGUCGUGUUCGUCUUCUUCUAGUGAGAGGAACACCCUGCUUCCGUGGGUUUGGAAGGAGGAAUGGAGAGAGGAGAAGAAAGUCCGUGCGUGGUUGUAUUGUGAGCCAAGAUCUCUCUGUAUUGAACUUGGUUAUCGUGAAGAAGGGUGACAAUGAUCUUCCAGGUUUGACUGAUGUUGAAAAGCCUAGAAUGAGAGGUCCAAAGAGGGCAUCCAAAAUCCGUAAACUCUUCAACCUAUCCAAAGAGGAUGACGUAAGAAAGUAUGUUAACACAUACCGUCGUACAUUCACCAACAAAGCUGGGAAAGAGGUGAGUAAAGCACCAAAAAUUCAGAGAUUGGUUACCCCACUCACAUUGCAAAGGAAACGUGCCAGAAUUGCGGACAAGAAGAAGAGAAUUGCAAAGGCCAAGUCAGAGGCAGCUGAGUACCAGAAGCUUCUUGCUUCCCGAUUGAAAGAACAGAGGGAGAAACGUAGUGAAAGCUUAGCUAAAAAGAGAUCCAGGCUUUCUACUGCAUCUAAGCCAUCCAUUGCAGCAUAAGAUCAGAUUCUGACUCACAUGUUCUUGCAUAACGGUUAAUGUAUUUGGGAUUUUGCAGUUGAGAUACUUGUUUUAGGAAUCACUUGUUACGGUUCAGAUGUUUGUUUUUUAUAAUUGAUGCCAUACUUUUUGAUUGCUUA